AUGAGCUUCAAUGAAAGCUGACUGCUUGCAGUCUUAAAGGGACUGCAGGCAUUAGAACGGCUGCUUCCUCUGCUCCUGUUUGCCUUCCCUGGAGUAUUAAGCUAGGAAUACCACCAGGAAGAAUGGGGAGGUUUUAUGAUUGCCUUACAAAGCAAGAGUGAGUCAUUAGUCUCUCAAGAAUCACUUUUCUCUAGGAACUGCCAGAGAGAAUCUAUUGCACUCAUCCAAAGACGCUGACACCAGGCUGAAUUCUGCAAGGGGAAGAAUGAGAAUUGAGCUGCUUGAAUAAAGUUGUGGCUCGGAGACAAUGGUUUUGUCUGUCCCAAUGAUUGCUCUGGGGGCUACCUUGGGGACUGCUACCAGCAUCCUUGCUUUGUGCGGGCUGACCUGCUUGUGCAAAUGUAAGCGACCUGGAAAAGGACCCUCAGACAAGGAACAGGACCUGGACCCUGAAAAUGCCAAACCCACUGUACUGCAGACAGUCCAGCAGAUCAAUGUUGAGAAGAUGACAGAACCUGUACAGCCAAGGACAAUCCUAAAGUUUCCCCACAUCUAUGGUCCAAAACCAGUUGUGACAUCUUCAGAAAUUGUUAAUUACACAGACUACACCUUGAAGACAACAAAAGAAAAAAUCCAGGGGAAACUUUCAGCUCUAGAUGAGAAAAGGAUAAACAUACAAGUCAAUGAGGAGUUAGUUCUCCCUCAAAAUGGUGAGAUGAAGGAUGUGUGUGUUACUGAACGUCUGAGUCCUGAGACAGUUGCUGGCAGCAACCAGGUCCCCCAAAUUCGCUAUUCUCUUGGCUAUGACCAACAGAAAGAUGCGUUGUGUGUGGCUUUCCUUGGAGUUAUGUAUGAAACCACAGCAGGAGAACAGAACAAUGGCUGUGACUACUACAUCCUGGGCACUUUUGUGAGCAGGUCUGGCUUGAGGGAAGCCCAAACUGUGCUGAAAAAGAAGCAGUCACACAUCAUCUGGGAGGAAACUCUGCUGUUCCCAUUAAAGAAGGAGGAGCUAUCUGAAGGGGUGCUGACACUCACCCUGAGAAACUGUGACAAGUUCUCCAGGCACAGCAUUGUUGGGGAAAUUAAACCAAGUCUGGCUAAUAUGGGAGAGUCAUAUGGAACAGUGCAGUGGGAGAAACUGAAAACACCUGACAAGGAGCCCGACACAGGCUAUGGGGAAGUUCUUCUUUCUAUCAGCUACUUGCCUGCAGCAAACCGGUUGCUAGUGGUCCUCAUAAAAGCCAAGAAUCUUCAUUCCAAACAGUUGAAACAGCUUCUUGGGAAGGAUAUAUUUGUGAAAGUGAUUCUAAAGCACCAGUCCCUCAAGCUGAAAAAGAAGCAAACAAAGCGGGCCAAACACAAGAUCAACCCAGUCUGGAAUGAGAUGAUUAUGUUUGAGGUGCCCCAGGAUCUGCUGUGUGCCUCCAGUGUGGAGCUGGAGAUGCUGAGCCAGGAUGGUGAUGGACAGAACCACUUAUUAGGCAAAUGUAAUCUUGGCUUGCAUGCAACUGGCACGGAGAAGAACCACUGGGAAGAGAUGCUGAGGAACCCCAGGAGGCAGAUAGCUAUGUGGCACCAACUUCACAUGUAGCAGUGGAGGUAGAAAUGGAGCUCAACCCAUGUCCAAUAGACUGGCCUCAUGGCAUCUUGGAGGAAUGGGCCCAUCCACAACAUGAUUGAGCACAAUGUUUGUUGUAAUUAUGUUUUCCUUUGUUUCCUGCUUUAUUGUUUCUUUUCAUGGAUUGAUCCAUUGUAAGGAGCAUUUUUCAGAUGCCUGGAGGUUACAGGAGGAAAGGUUCUAUUCCUAACUCUUGUCAUUUUCAUUGGAUACUAUGGAAACUGAAUGUCCUUGACUGCAAUUGACAGAUGGGUUGGUCUCUUCUGCUGUUCCUUCACAGAGCUUAAAGCAGUAAACAUGAAGCUGCAAGUCUACUCCCACCCACCUCUGGCACCAAACAGAGCCACAUUUGACAAGCAGAAUCAGGCAUUCUGAAAUAUUACUCUAAAUACACUGUUCGUACCUGUCCUGUACAUGUUUUUGGGAUAUCCUUUCCACAGAUGAACAGAGAGUGAUGGCAGUGGCACAGGGGAUGUGGAGAAUCUAUUCAGAUGUUUCUUCCUAGUCAUGUUGCUUAUUUAUACUUUCAUUAUUUUACCCCAUAAUAACUUACACUAAAGCCAGACAACAAUGAGAAAAAGCCUGUAGGCAGGCCUUGUCUGUUGUUGCACUAUUUUUUCUUGCUUCUAAGGUAUAAUUGCUAGGGGCAUGUAUUCAGCUAAAGCUGAACAGAAAAAAAAACCUUAUUAUUUUUGUGGAAUUUCCCCUCCCACAAAAAGGUGGCAGUUUAAAGAGAUCCCAAAAGCGGUUCCCAAAUCACGCCAAAAAAAUUCAGCAUGAUUCGGGCCACUUCAGACCAAUCUAUGUCCCAACCCAAAAAAGGCAAUAUUAAGAUUCAACUUUUUAAAGGUUUUUUUUAAAAAAUGUUGGGACUAUUACACCUGAAACGUACUGAUUAAAGAAAAUGGUGCACACCCCUAUAAUGAUUACCUAAAAACACUAAUGAUAGACAUGGUAGUGAAAACAUAUCCAGAAUGCAUUCACAAAAAAAUCACAAAUAAUCUAUAUCCAGAAUGUAUUCACAAAUAAUCUAUAAUCUAUCACUUCUGCUUGGGCUGGUACCUCUUAUGAACUGGUUGUAUACAUGAUAGAGUCUUAUGAUAGCAGUUCCACUGUCAAAGAUAUGUGCUUUUGCAAGGUACCUUUUUAUUUGCACAACUUCCCCAUUUCCUUUUUGAUUGAACAGCACAGAAAUAAGAAAAUGGGAAAUUACUAGCAGAAUGUCUCUUUAGUUUGCCAUCCUAAACAUGUUUCCUUAAAAACAGAGCAUGACUGGAAUCAAUGAGAACUACUUUUGACUAAAUGAGUUAAGGACUGAACUGUACUUUGAUUGGCAUUGUUGAACUCAAAGGACUAGAGGUUUGUUUAUUGCCAAUGAACAUGAAGCAUGGGGGAACUCUCCUAUGAAAGACAAAUGUCCUUGACUGCAAUUGGCAGAUGGGUUGGUCUCUACUGCUUUUCCUUCACAUACCUUAAAAUAGCUGCUACAGUCUUGUGCCUAUUCCAUUCUGUUAGCUUUGAAAGUCGACAACAUCCAGGCAAUGAUCCUUAGAAAACUCAGCUAUUGCAAAUUUUGAGCAGAUAGAAGCUGCAGUUCAGCAUACUGGCUUGCUCAUGAGCUGCUCCUCUGAGAUCUGGACUCAUUUUUGUCCAGAUAAACAUUUGCACAGUAAUAUCAACCAUCCCCUUUAUGUUGGUUUAGCCAGGAGUUCUAAGAAGCAAGACUAAUUGCAGACAUUCUUCUAACUUAAAAAAAAAUCUGUUACAGUUGUGAUAAAAUUGUCAGUGUCAUUCUCUGCAAAGGACAGAUAGAAAAUUGAAUCACACCUUUUCUCACUCUGUCUGUUUGUGCUUUUGAAGAACAAUUUUACAGUGACAUCUGUUAUGAACCAGCAUGUCAUCAAAGAUGGAGUUCUAGACUUGGACUGAGAAAAUAGAAAUGGGUGGCUAUGUUGAUGUGGAUGAUGCUAUGCCACUUGCACCAGUCUAUCCUCCAGAGUUGUUGAGAGAAUAAGAACAUAACAACACAAGAAAGAGCCUGCUGGAUCAGACCAGAGUCCAUCUAGUCCAGCACUCUGCUACUCAUAGUGGCCCACCAGAUGCCUUUG